GUCUCUAAGCGUCUGCUGCAGCGGCUAUCAGACACUGUGUAUGCAUGCUCCUCACUAUCGCAGCUAUCGAGCAGGCCUGGUAACUUUGUUUAUCGCGGUGUCUUGGUUCAUCCCCUCCCUGUCCAAGUAGAAACCCCGGCUCGGACCAUUAUAAUCAAACAUUCUGUCAAUGUUGCGGGCAAAAAUAUUUCCAGUCACAUGGAAUACUGUAACUUCGAGGAAUUAUUGCUCAACUCAAUUGCUCAAUUUCCACCUCUUAUUGAUGCACCUGUUCUGGUGAAAGCACCGCGCCUAUAUUUAAUAGACCGAGAAAGUAAUACUCAAGUCUUGGAAGAUUUUGUUAAUUCCGAGGGGCUCAAAUCAAUAUGGAUUUCCUCUGAAGCCAACGAUCUUCUUCCCCCAUCCAGUCUAGAGGCUAUUGGCCUUCAAUUAGGUUCGUGGCUUCGGGCCUUUCAUGGGUGGGCUACAGCACCUGAACAAGCUAGUGUCAGGGCGCAGAUGUGGCAAGGUGAUCCUAUGCGAAAGAUAAAAUAUUUCUUCACCUACCAGAACUUUCUAAAGGUAUUAGAACUAUACCCAGAACUUUUAAAAGAUCACCGAGAAAUCUUGGAUCACAUCCAAGAUGCCAUAUCGAAAGAGUAUGAGAAAUCCUCUACAGAAGAAGAUGGGGACUUUGGACUUAUACAUGGAGACUUUUGGUCAGGAAACAUCUUGUUACCUACUACGCCAUGGCGAGCGCCUCCAUUAUCAAGUGCGCCUAACAGACUGUUCAUUAUUGACUGGGAAUUCGCACAAUUUGGUCACCGAUCCAAUGACAUAGGCCAAAUCAUCGGUGACCUUUUUGAAAGGAACAUAUACAGCAACAUUGCAGCUAUUACCCCAGUUAUGGAGGGAGUUAUCAAGGGAUACGGUGAGCUGAGUGACCAAAUGUCGUUUCGAGUUGCCAUCUACGUGGGUGUUCAUUUGAUCAACUGGUAUAAUCGGAGACCUCAACAAGGCCCCAGAGUGGUUCCCCCAGAUGCAAUUAUAGCCGGAUUGACUACUGGAAGGGACUUCAUUAUAAAAGGGUGGAAGAAGGAUAGGAAAUUCUUCGAGAGCAGUGCACUUGCAUUGUUGUUC